CACUCUACCUAAAAUGGCGGCCUCUACUCGUGCUUGCUUUUCGAAACUACUUUAUAAUUGUAUAAAUUCAUCAAGAACACUAUCAAGACCAAUACAAAGCCAUAACUAUUCAACUUUACUACAAAAAAACCGGGUAGUUGUUCUAACCGCAAGUACAAUUCGAUUUAAUUCAACAAAAGCUGAUGGAGCGAAUUUAAAUAUUGCCAAUAGUACUACCACUGAAACAGUCCCAGCGGAUGUUCAAGGUUACAUCCCCGAACCUCCAGUACCACCUAUUCAAGAUGCUGGAGAAUCAGUGUUGACUGCAUUAGGAGAACCAACAUUACAGAGCUUAGGUUUAGCUGGUUGGACACCAAAUGGAUUAGUGCAAUGGGGAUUGGAAUCUUUACACGUUGGUUUGGAUAUACCAUGGUGGACCUCAAUAGUAAUUGGAACUGUCUGUGUACGAUUGGCGCUAUUUCCUUUGGUUGUUAAAGCUCAGAAACAUGCUGCUAACAUGCAUAAUAAUAUGCCAACAAUGACAAGACUCCAGGACAAAUUCUCAAAGGCGAGAUUAAUGGGCGAUCAAGUAGCCGCAUCUAGAGCGGCCAAAGAACUUUUGGACUUUAUGAAGAACAAUGAAGUAAAACCUCUAAGAGGAAUGUUGGUUCCCUUAGCUCAACUACCAAUAUUUUUAUCUGUUUUUGUUGGUGUAAGACAAAUGGCUAACUUACCGGUGGACAGUUUGAAGACAGGAGGAAUACUGUGGUUUACUGAUUUAACAGUUGUUGAUCCCUUUUACGCUCUUCCUUUCUUAACUUGCGCAACACUUAUGGCAACAAUUGAGUUAGGCGUUGAUGGAGUGAAAUCAACAGCUUUAAAUCCUAAAAUGAGGAUGGUUAUGAGAGCAAUGCCAAUUUUUGUAUUUCCGUUUAUUAUUAAUUUCCCAACGGCUAUGCUUUGUUAUUGGUUUACAUCAAAUACUAUAUCAUUAUUUCAAGUACUUUUCUUGAAAAUACCCAAUGUUAGACAGUUCUUUAAUAUACCAAUCAUGGUUAAACAUGAAAAUUCUGGUAUACCUAAAAAGAAGUUUAUGGAAGGCUUUAAAGAUUCAAUAAAAAACUCGAAAGUUGCCGCUCAGAUUGAAGAUAGGCAAAGAGUAGAUAGCAUCAAUUUCAAAGAAGCUGGUUUAGCUCCUAUACAAAAAACCUAUUCAUAUGAUCCAACUAAACAAAAAAAAACUGUUAAAAAAUAAAUUGUAUAAAAGAAUCACACUUGUAUUUUGUAAAGUUUCAUAAGUAUUAG